AUGUAUCUUGGUCAUCCUUGUGAAGGUAGUGGAUCUGGAGGAACCCAAUCUGAAUUUGAUGUAUUGAAGUGGUGGAUGGCAAAUCAUUCGAGGUAUCCUAUCUUAUCUGAGAUGGCCAAGGAUAUCUUUGCUAUUCCUAUGUCUACAGUGCCUUCAGAAUCUGCAUUUAGCACUGGUGGAAGAAUUCUAGAUGACUUUAGAAGUUCAUUACAUCCUAAGAUUGUUGAAGCACUAAUCUGUAGUGAGGAUUGGCUUAGAUCAAGUUCCUUUCUGCCGUUGGAUGAUGACAAUGAUGGUGAUUAUGAGGAUGAAGAAGCAUUUGUUAAUGUUUACAAUGCCGUUAUGGAGGAGCAGGUGGGCGAGAGAGGAGGAGUUCAAGAUUCUACUGUUAACAAAGAUAUUAGAGGAAGUGAUGAUAUUUCCUCAACAUUGAAGGCUGGGACUAGGACAUACGAAGGACAAGGAGAUGGUGGCAUUUGA